CAAAAGGUCUGCAUAAAAUCACGUUCCGCCAGCUUUCAGAUGGAAAUUAAGUGAUUGAAAAUUCCUUACCAACAGUGCGAAAGAUAUCAAGAGAAUGACGAACGGCACAAGCUCAAAUGCGACAAUGACAUCUCCAACGCCCUCUGGCUGCAUGAGAUUAUUCACUCCUACCGAAAAAUGGCUCCAAGUGUCUUCAUUUCUGAUCAUUAUCUUCCUCUCCAUUAUUGGAAAUGCUGUCGUUAUCAUCAUUAUUAAGAAAAAAAGGCACAUGCACACUCCAACAAACUACUUUAUCGUGAAUUUGUGCACUGUGAAUCUGUUGAUCUUGUUGCUCAAUGCAGUUCCAGACAUCCAGGGAAGAAUUGCACCACACCUAGGAUUUGUGGUUUCUGGUUGGCCCGGAAAGAUUCUUUGCAAGCUGCAAGCGUUUCUUACAUCUUGUACAAUAAAUUCCGCCAUCUUGACGCUCGCAAUGAUUGCUGCUGAUCGAUUUAUUGCCAUAUUUUUUCCCCUGAAAAGACUAAUUCACUCCCAAAGAGCGAUCCAGCUGAUUUCUGUGACAUGGCUUAUUCCGGCUUUACAAGGGUGCAUCUUUCUUUACGUCAAUGACCUCGUUGAUUUCGAUGGAACUGUGUACUGUAUGGAAAUAUGGGAACCGGCCAUCCCAAUGUACUAUAACACAAUUUAUACAACAGCCGAUUUCAUCAUGUUUUAUGCCUUGCCUUUGUUGGAAAUCAUCAUUCUUUACAUCGCCAUCAUCUACAGGAUAUGGAUGCGAAGGAUUCCAGGGCACGUGACUACAGCCAAUCAACAAGUCGAACUCAAAGCCAAAAAGAAUGUACUUAAGAUGCUCAUCGUAGCCGUUCUUACGUUCGCAUUAUUCUGGCUUCCUGUUAAAAUAAAUGUCAUGAUUGGGCUUUACAGCCAUGCUCCCUGUCUGUUAACUCCUAUUCGUCGAUUCCUGGCACUCUUUUUGGCCUGUGGUAACUGUGUAAUAAAUCCAAUUAUCUACAUUGUAUUUAGCCAGGACUUUAGAAACGGUUUCAAGGCUCUCUGCCACUGCCUACCCUGCUUUUCCGCUGAUGUUCCUCGUGUGCACACCCAAUUCAGAAAUGUGAGCGAGAUAAGCUUCUCUGUAAAAUGCAAUGGUCACAGCGGUCUUAGCCUAACGAAAUUUCAGAAGAUUGACGACUAGAAGAACUUCUUCUUGCAGCUACAGAAAAGCUAUCAACGAAUGAAUUACACGCUCUCUGUAUUUUGGAUUGGUAUUCAAAAAUAUAAAAACAAUCUGGAAAGCGUAAUAGUGCGAAAGAAUUUUAGUUCCUACACUUCAAUUCACAAGCAGCUCUGAUCUCACACGUAAUAAGUAUUAUUGCUCAAGUAAGAGAUGACAAUAUUUAAAAUUUGGUUUACGCACGAUGUCUUUCCUCUUCCAGGACUGUCGUGACAUUUGAAAAAUAGAUUAACCCUUUAACUCCCAAAAGUGAUUUACAUGGAACUUCUCCCUAUAAUAUUCAUACAUUAUCCUGCAAAAAGGUAUCGAGAAAACUCUAAUUUAUCGGGUAAAAGUUGUUAUCUUGAUCUAACCCUUAAAUCUCAUAACAGAUUUACAAGGAAAUGUAUAGCAACUGGAGGGGAAAAUGUCUUGGGAGCUAAAGGGUUAAGGUGGUGAACUUAGCUUUUUUCCUGGUGGUCCGAAAAGUUUCUUCUUUCUUGACCAUUUUCAUUAGAGCUGCCAGAAAUUAGAUCUCACAUCAGAAGGGAAAUUCAUCUCUUAUUCAUAGAAAUAUGCUAGUAAAUAUGAGAGCUUUCUAUGCAAAUACGCAAUUGUUAAUUACAUGAGGUGGAUAAAAGUUGGAGCUUCUAUUUUCUUUGAGUUAUGUUGCUAAUAGCACUAUCGUGGGUAUAUUUACAGUCUCAUUUUGUCUUCAUGAGGUUAAUUUUAUAUCUCAGAUAUUAAGCACUUUCUCCGUGCAAUUUACCAGUUGGCACCGCUAAACGAGGCUUGGGGUGAGAGAAGGGGAUAAGUUUCUAAAAAAAACUGUGGUACUGCAUCUGUGGAAGAGUAUAACUGUGUAAUUUUGUUUCAUCA